UCAUUUCUUUAACAAACUCCACUCCAUGCCGUGCAACAUUCAUUUUAUCGGGCUGUAUUCUAUUUUUUGCCUCUAACUUGAUAGAUUUUGGAAGAUGUGAUGAGAUUUCGCUAACACUUGACGAUGAUUCUGCUGUCCGUCUUUGAAUUCGAUGUGUUCAAGAAAAACCCAUGUUACAUAUCCUUCUAGUUGGUCUCGUAUCAGCUGAUCUUGUCUCUUUUUGCCUAAAACAUCUGUCGAGAUCUACAACCGUGCAGUGUUGCCACAAGUUUCUUUGUGCGUCAUGCUCUCCUGUUUCAGAACUUACUACACCAAAAACUUUACCUGAUUUUCUCGAUUCAUCAAUUGCAUGAUUGAGAAGAAUAUCACUUUUUAAUUGGUGAAGCAAAAAAUGAGGGAGGACAGUGGCAUCUCACUUUACCGAGAUAGGCUGGAUAAAACACUUUGUUCUCAUGAUCUUACUGACGUGGAGACACUUGGGACACUCGUUAAAGAUCACAUUUUACGUUCAUCAAAAGUGGAGAAUGAAGGUUGGGAUUAUAUCGACAAUAUUGCAGAAAUGAGAACCAAAGAAGUCUCACAUUUACUGGGAAUGUUAAGGAGUGCCUCUGUGGAUGAUCAGAGGUCAAAACACAGUGACGCUUCACAUCGUGGUUGGAAAGUGAAACAGGAUACUGAAGAAUUUCGUGUUAUGUAUAGAGAAGGACCAGAAGGCACUCCAUUUCAUACCCUUCUUGUUGAAGGCUAUGUAGAUGGGCCUUUAGAUGUUUGUCUAUGCAUCACAUGGGAGGUGGGCUUGUUUCAAAAAUGGUGGCCACAGAUUAGCAUUCCAAGUUUCAAGAUCAUCUCUUCCCAGUGUCUGCAAAAGGUCAGAAUUGGUGAACAGAUAUGUUUAGUGAGAGUGAAGAUUUCAUGGCCAUUGUUGACACGGGAGGCUCUAGUCCAUUGUUUUGAGUUUGAAUACUUACAAGAUGAUCUGGUUGUUGGGCUUUUGAAGUCGAUAUCUGACUUGGAAAGCAUUGAUACAAGUACUCAUGGUUUCGCUCGGGAAGGGAUACCUGAUGCACAAAAUGUUGUCCGAAUUGAUGUGGUGGGAGGUGGUGUUUUACAGAAAGUUUCUGCAAAUAGAUCUUACUUCCGGUCCAUAGCAACCGUGGAUGUUAAACUGGACUUUGUUCCUCCAGCACUCAUUAAUUUUGUUUCAAGGCAGAUCAUAGGAAGUGGUUUCAGGCUCUAUAAAAAGGAAGUUGCUUCAGUUGCAAAAGGUGAUGAAGAUUUUGCCAAUGCUUUGAAAGAUCCACUGUAUGCUCGAAUUCGUCAAGCCCUUUACUCAAAUGGUUUACCUACCAAGACUCCUCAACCAGAAAUGAAUAAUGAUACAGCCUCUCUGCUUGAAGAAGAACCAGAAGAGAGAGAAAAAUUUAGAAGUGGUCAAGAGAUGGCUCAUAACCAUGAGCUUGCAGUUAAUUCCCAAGCUGGGGAUUCGUUUGUUCAAGAUAGAAAAUCACAUGGUGAGAUCGAGGAGAUUAAGGAAAAUGAUAGUGAAGAAAGUCGAUGUUUAGCUGAAUUAGAUCACAAUAGAUCUAUUUAUUUGCCCACGAAUCAAAUUGAUUCUGGAUUUUGGACUGACGAUAAGAAAGUAGUUAUUCGCCGGGAGGUUGAACAAGCUCUGAGAAUAUUGGAUGAUGUAAUAUCUGUUUUCCAGGGAUGCAGAUCAAAUGAUGAAACCAGGAUAUUGCCCGGCAUCCCUAAAGAAGAAUCACAAAAUUUGGAAAUUAAUGAGGCCGAAGAGGCGGUCCCCUCAGAGGCUGAUCAUAUCUGCAAAAAUGUGGAGACACAUGGUCAGCCAACAGAAAAGAAAGAUCCAGAAGUGAUGAUUGCUGCAGAUGAACCCAGGAACAGCUCCAGUAGCCGGGGUAUCAGACAUACGCACUCCAGGGAUGCCAACCAUAAUAAAAUAGCUCCAGCAUCGCCUGUUGAGAAUGUUUCUGGUCCUCGUGAGAUUGACCAUGCUGCUUCGCUCUCAUCUCAAAAUCAGAGAACGGAAUUAACGCUUGCGGAGAAGACAAUGAAUGAAGAGAAUAUACUUAUUAGUCCUGAUGCCAAUGAUGCUGGCGGAGAUGAGGCAAGGAGUAGUAAAAACAGGAAAGUUCGGCUCUGCUGCUUCAGCUCUCUUUCUCGGCAGUCAUCAUCUUGAAAAUGAGGAGUAGAGUUGACAAAUAGUAGUGUCAAUCUGAGUACCAUUUAUCAUUAAAUUUACCAAGUAGGUAAUAAUUUUUGUAACUACCAGAUGAUAUUGAUAACGUAGUACCAGCAAUUAUGAGUUGGUUGAUAGGA